AACACUCCUCCACGGGACACGAUACAUCCAACACCGACGGGACGAUGGCUUAUGUUGCACGCCGAACUUCAACUAACGAGAAUAUCGGAACCCGGCCGGUAGAACAGAUAUCAAGGAGAAUUAUACUCGAAGGCGAGCAUGGCACACCGGCCGGAAUGCGCAUCUUGAAUACUCGGAUCCGGAGCCGUGUCGACGGAGAAGACAACUCCGGUUACACUAUGGACAUCAUCACUCACCCACCCACAAACGUGCGCCUCGGACAGCCGUUGCGGACCUCGGUUACGAUCAAACUGCGUAGCUCCUCAAACCCUCAAGAUGGCGACCUUGGAGAAGCAGGUCGGUUGUUGGCGGUCGCAACACUCGUUGCGCGUGGAUCAGAGGGGUCCGACGUACCUGUGGGCCCCGGCAUCUUGACUGGUCCGCGUUUAUUCGACUCGAUUCAUCCGCCAGAGGUGGAAAGUGACGAAGUUGUCGGCUAUGCGUCAUUCCCUGAUCUUUCGAUAAGCCAGGAGGGAAGAUAUAGGAUCAGGAUUGCUCUGAUCAGGGUUACGAGCGGUACUGGAGAGACCACACAAGCCGUGGACACUCGCUCUUUCAUUGUUGGAAGAAACUAAAUCGCC